AUGGCAAUAUAUCUCAUCACUUUACUUAAGACAGUUUCCGGCGACUCGCGGGAGAUUGGCCGCCCUGAAUUCCACAGUGGCUCAAACGGUGCACUUCCACUUGGAAAAGUUCGACAACAGGCUGAUCUUCACAGUGGUAGGUGGCUCACUGGCUGGUUGUCGACGGUUGAAAAGUUGGACAGCCGGGAAGUUGGCGAUCAGAACUGGUCGGGGCAGACUGUUUCUAUGCGUGAGGGAGUGAAGGAGAAAAUGGAGCUAAACGACGCCGGACGCUCAGCUCGCGGUUAUCCGACAGAGAAAGCUUACAUCGUCAAUCCGAUGCAUCUGGAGAGGGAGAGGGAGAGGGAGAAAGGGUUAAGGGUCAGGAGACGCCAUGAAAAUUUUCGGGAAGCACGUAUUCCCGCGGCAAAUUGUGCUCUUCAGUUCUGGGCUUCUCUUCCUGGCUGCGACCACCUACGACGUCCACAGAUCCAUCAAGAACAACCAGGCCCCGCCUUCGAAGGAACAGCUCCAGGCCCUCGAAGACUACCUCAAAUCCGUCCGCCGACCCCCUUGAACAAGCCCAUCAGUUCAGACCCCACUUUCGAUUUCGACCGACAAUUCACUUCCGAUGCUGUCGAGAUUCAGUGGGAUCCGAGUUCUCGCGUGAUUAGCGGCAAAACCGCAAAAUAA